UCCAUGCGGGGUUUCCAAAACGAGCAGGUAUCUGCUGCACCAUGCCAGUCGCGCCAAGGCGAUUGCUUCUCCGACUGCCCUCUACGAUCGGCAGAGAGACGUUUUGCACUCGCAUUCGCGAGCUGAACAGCCCAGAUUGACCUCUCACAUUGUUUUCUUCCAUGUCGUGCAACCUGAAAAUUGCAAAAAGUCGAACUCGUUCAACGUUCAUCCAUUCGUAAACGCUUCAUGGACGACAGCAUCGACAGAACGCCGUUCGCAGAAGCUCCGUGGCUGACAGGCGUUCCCUCUCCAUAUUAUUCGGAGUCUCACAAGCAAUGGCAGCGGACCUGUCGAGCCUUCAUAUCUGAAAACCUUGGCGACCAUGGGCUGCAAUGGAUGCGUGAUGGCAAGGCAUCGUUCGAUAUGUAUGCCAAAUUCGCUGCAGCGGGGAUGCUGAUACCUUCACUGCCUGCGCCGUUGCCGGUCGAGCGCCUGAAGCAGUUGGGUGUGCACGAACUGCCGGGAGGUCUUCGUCUUGAGCAGUUCGAUUACUUCCAUUACCUGAUAUACACCAGCGAACUGUACUACUGUGGGCUUUGGGCUCCAGCCGGCAUGAUCAUCCCUGGAAUGGCUUUCGGCACUCCGCCGUUGUUGCACUACGGGAGCGAGGAGCUGCAAAAUCGUCUUCUGCCAGAGCUUCUGCUUGGGAAGACGCGAGCAUGUAUCGCUGUGACAGAGCCUGGCGCUGGCUCCGAUGUUGCGAAUAUAGAAACAACGGCAGUGAAAAGCACUGAUGGGUCCCACUAUAUCGUCAAUGGUUAUAAGAAGUGGAUCUCCACUGGUAUAUGGGCGGACUACGCAACGACCGCUGUCAGGACAGGUGGUCCUGGUGCCAGCGGUAUAAGCCUGAUGAUGGUCCCUUUGAAGAACACCUCAGGCGUGACGUGUCGCUCCAUGACGUUGUCCAAUGGACAGGUCGCAGGCACAACUUUCAUCGAGUUCGACGACGUCCGUGUACCAGUAGGAAACCUGAUUGGGAAAGAAGGGCUAGGUCUGAAGUACAUCCUGACCAAUUUCAACCAUGAGCGGAUGAGCAUGGUGAUCAGCGCUCUUGUCCAGGCUCGGAAAGUACUCAGCACCACUUUUGCGUAUUGCUCUAAGAGGCAAGCCUUUGGCAAAAGAUUGAUUGACCAGCCAGUCGUGCGCAACCGUCUUGCUAAAGCCGGCUCAAUGCUGGAGGCAGAGUGGGCUCGAGCGGAACAAUUGACCCAUGGGAUGAACACUUUGCCCAAAGCGGAGUCAGAUACACUCUUAGGAGGAUUGAUCGCGAUGGCAAAAGUCGCAGCUGCCAAAACGCUCGAGCAUUGCAUCAGCCAUGCGCAAGUUCUGCUUGGCGGAAACAGUGUUACGCGAAGCGGCCAAGGAGAGCUCAUCGAAGCAAUCUCGAGAGAAGUUGGCCUUUCGCGUGUGCCUGGUGGCUCGGAGGAUGUCUUGCUUGAUCUGUCUGUGCGGGAGUUGCUGAAACGGUGGGAAAAGCUCACGAAAGCUGCAGCGCAGAGCCAUAAGUUAUGA